AAUUAUUUAAUGAAUCUAAUUCUUAUUCAGAUCUCGAUAAUGAACAAUUAUGUUGCCGAACUGAAGUUAAGAACUGAAAUGGCAGAGUCUCAGAAGAAAAUGGGAAACUACGACGAAUCCUGGCGAAAAAAAGAUGUUCUACCCAACGGUAAGAAAACCAAGGGAAGAAUGAAAAUAAAAAUGGAGUUCAUUGAUAACAAACUCCGGAGAUACACAACCUUCUCAAAACGGAAAACUGGGAUUAUGAAGAAGGCCUAUGAACUCUCAACACUGACCGGGACCCAGGUGAUGUUGUUGGUUGCAUCAGAGACCGGUCAUGUGUACACCUUUGCUACCAAGAAGCUCCAACCAAUGAUUACAUCAGAGGCGGGCAAAGCAUUAAUCAAAACCUGUUUAAACUCACCAGAAGAAGGAGACACAGAUGGACGGGAUGGAGACGAGAGGAUGUGUGCUGCCGGAUUUGAGGAGACGGAUCUAGGAUGUGUGAUGGAGGAGCAGGAGGAACAGGAAGGAUUUGGAGAUAAUAAUGAUGAUCUCGGAGAGACCGAGGAGCAGAUUGAUGCUCCGUCUGAUGAUGAAUCUAACGAGAUGAAUGAUUCUCCAAGAAAUCUGUCUCUCCGGAAAUAUCCUGAAGGUUUGAAUAGUAACACCAAACUAGAGACAAGAUCUAUUUACAAACAGUCCGAACCUUACUCAGAUGAACCCCGAGCUGUCUCCUCCUCGGUAUACAUCGGGCAGAGAUCCAACCCCGGAAUACAUCCGUCCUCAAUAUCCCAGGAGCUACUAGCACAGUUAGGAUACAGUAAUCUUCUAGCACAGUCCUUUUAUUUAUCCCAACAGAACCAGGAGGAGAGAAUAUCAGAUAGUUUACCACGGAAACCUUUUCAACUGGAGGAUUCUGUAAUUUCUCAUUUACUUCCGCGGGAGCCUCUUCCUCAAUUACCUACUCCGCAGUCGGAGGCAAACCUUUCUCAUUUAAUGGCUCCGCGGUCGGAGGCAAACCUUUCUCAUUUAAUGACUCCGCGGUCGGAGGCAAACCUUUCUCAUUUAAUGGCUCCGCGGUCGGAGGCAAACCUUUCUCAUUUAAUAGCUCCGCGGUCGGAGGCAAAUCUAUCUCAUAUAUCUUCUCCGCAUUCAGAGUCUAAUCUUUCUCCGGAAAAUCUUAGUUUAAACAAAGAUUAAGAUAAAUAGCAGUCGAAUAUUUCUACAGUGAUAACCAGAAUAUUCUGAAAAUGGGAAGACGACUUUUGGACAAAGAAACCCAUUUUACUUAAUUUUUUUAAUAAGUACGUCUCGUUAAACUAAUUGGUUUGGUUACAACAUCAAACACACUUUAAGUAUUGCUAUAAAGUCGUCUUACUAUUUUUA